GGCAAAGGGCGCCCCCCCACCCCGCCCCGGAGGGACUCAGGCGUCCGGGCCCCCUCCCUCCCUCCCCACCGGCCCGCACUGCCCCUCCCGGCAUCGGAGGGGACCCAGGCGUGCGGGACCCCCGACCCCGCCCGGCCGGUGAGACGCGGAACUAGGCAGACUGGUGGGAUGAGGCCGGGCCGGACGCCUGGGUGGGCCCGGACCCCUCGGGCUCCCCAGCCCCGGGGCCGAAGGCCAGAGCUCGGGGUGACCCCCCACAUCCAAUGCCCCGUGGCCCGCCCCCUGCCCCCCCGCGGCGGCCCCGUGUCACCGCGAGGCGUCAGGUGACGGCGGGACCGGGGGGGGCACCGGGUGGUGCGACCCCACUUCCCCUUUUGGGCCUAUAAAGCGCCGGAGGGGACACGCGAGGGGACACGAGAGUGGACACGAGGGGUCCUGGGGGUACCAUCUGCAGAUGCUGGAGCUGCUGUGGAUGACGGUGACGGUGGCGGUGAUGGUGGCAGCAGGGGGGAGUCCUGAGGGGGCUGUGCAGUUCUUGGCAGUGGGUGACUGGGGGGGGAUCCCUGACCCCCCUUUCACCACCCCGCGCGAGGUGGCCACGGCAGCAGCCAUGGGACGCACGGCCACUGACCUCGGUGCCAACUUUGUCCUCGCCCUUGGGGACAACUUCUACUACAAGGGGGUGCAGGAUGAGUGGGACCCCCGCUUCCAGGAGACCUUCGAGCGGGUGUUCACGGCCCCGGGGCUGCAGGAGCUACCCUGGUUCGUACUGGCUGGGAACCACGACCAUGCUGGGAACGUCACCGCGCAGCUGGCAUACGGCCACCGCUCCCCCCGAUGGCACUUCCCACACUACUACUACAGUCUGCGCCUCUCCCUGCCGGGCACCAACGUCUCAGCCCGGCUGCUGGUGCUGGACACAGUGAUGCUCUGCGGUGGUGGGGAUGACUUCGGGGUGGGGAACACCCCUAGCGGCCCCCAGGACGCAGAGGCAGCGGCAGCACAGCUGGCCUGGCUGCGGGGACGACUGUCCUCUGCGCGCCACGACCGCUAUGUGCUGGUGGCCGGGCACUACCCAGUGUGGUCGGUGGCGGAGCAUGGCCCCACCGCCUGCCUGGUGCGGCUGCUGCGGCCGCUGCUGCGGCACCACCGUGUGACUGCUUACCUCUGCGGCCAUGACCACAACCUGCAGUUCCUGGAGGAGGGGGGUGUGGGCUAUGUGGUGAGCGGCGCCGGCAACUUUAUGGAGGACACCCAGACCCACGGUGGGGCCGUGCCCCCUGGCUCCCUCCGCUUCUUCUUCGGGGCACCCACAUCCCCCGGCGGCUUUGCCCACCUCCGCCUGGAUGCCCACGCGGCCAUCGUCACCUUCCUGGAGGCCACCGGCCGUGUCCUCUACCGUGUGGCCCUGCCCCCCCGUGACCUGUGACCCCUGCACCCCUGGCACCAGGACCCUGAAGGACCCCAGGGCUCACCGUAGCGGGGGAUGUAUGGGGGGUACCCCCUGGCACAGCAGACGCCAUCACAGAACCCUUGCGGCCCCUGGCCACGCAGGACCCUGCAGGGGCAGCCAGCAGGACAACACCACACCCCCCACCCUCUCGCCUGGUGCUGGUGGACCCCCAGGGGAACGGGUCGGAGUCCCCCGUGACACCCUACAUCAGGGACAGGGGGCAGGACCCCUGUGUCCCCUGACCUCAGGGAACCCCAAGGCCCUGUGGGAGCCCCCCCCCCAGCCUGGACCCCCGCAGGUCCCCGGUGUCCCAUCCCGUUCCCCCCGCCCCCCCCCCCAAUAAAGGGCUUUGGACGGAGA